GGGGGGGAAAUGCUGUCAUGGCGGCGCUGGGAGCAGCCAGACGGCGCGCGGCAGCUUUCUUGUUUUCAUCUGUGGUUCGCCUCCAGAGCUCUCAGAGCACAUCUCUACAGGAAGGGAUUGUUGCCAAAACAUCUUUGACUUCACCCCCAUGGUCUGAAGUAAAAUUGCCAAAUCCAGUGGAAGAAGCAAAGCACCAUGCAGAAGUGGUACAAAAGGUGAAUGAGAUGAUUGCAACAGGGCAGUACGGGAGGCUCUUUGCUGUGGUUCACUUUGCCAGCAAACAGUACAAAAUAACCAGUGAAGACUUAAUUAUGAUGGACAACGUGCUGCAGGCUGAAUGUGGAGACCGAAUCCGGAUGGAAAAGGUUUUGCUGGUUGGUGCUGAUGAUUUCACGCUUAUUGGAAGACCGCUCCUGGGGAGAGAUCUUGUCCGUGUGGAGGCUACUGUGAUUGAAAAGACGGUGUCAUGGCAAAAAAUCAACAUGCGCUUUCGGAAAAAGCACAAUUAUCAAAGGAAAAAAAUUAUCACGAACCCACAGACCGUCCUCCGGAUAAACACCAUAGAAAUUUUCCCCUGUUUGUCGUGAUUGAUUGAUCGGAUGUUGUGUGGCUUAGGCUUAUUAUUGCUUUAGGCAAUUACAGAAAUAAAACUGCCUCGGUGUCAUAAA